AUUUGGCGGCGGCAACAGAUAAGACGGAGGAAAGAUACGUCCGCGCCGCCAUUGUGCCUGGUAACGGGAGCAGCAGUGGAAAGCAAGAUGCAGCGGCUGUCGCCACCUCGACACCACGCGCGCAAUCAAUCGACGUCGUUCCACAUGACAGGCGGCGGCUCUUACAGCCCGCCUCGCGGAAGCGUCGUGGAGUCACCAGUCGUGUUAUUGUCGGCGUCCCGAGCAACAUCAAUAAAAUCGUGGACCUCUCAAGCCCUCAAACGUUUCCACGGCUCGACGGCGGCGGUACUUCAGCACCGACCAAAGUCCCAUGCGUCUAUCAACGUUCCUGCGCCAUCCAUCUCGCACAAACCAGACCGAUGCUCUGCGCUUGGCGUGUGCGAUCCUCGUUAUGUUGUCGACCACAUGCACUUACAAGGUGGCGCUCACCACACACAGCUCGUGUUUGCGGUGUUCAACGGGCGUCCUCUGAGCCACUGCUGCUACGACAUGGUGUUCACGUGGUUUCGCGCCGGCCCGGGCGAAGAAUUCGUUGUCAUUCCUGGAGCAACUCUGGACUGGUACCAACCAACUGCCGAGGACAUUGGGGCGUCACUGCUGCUCCAAGUUGAGAUUGGCGAUUCCGUGUUGGGCUGCGUCGAACAUCCGCCACUCGUUGCAGAUUCGACUGUCCGCUCCCGCGUCGAGAACCUCCUGGCGGCGCAAACUGCUUUCUUCACGAAUGGCGAAUGGUCCCGCCCAUCUCGUCGACCAACAACAAUGCUUCCGACGUCACCGGCGUACGUGCAAAAUCUCACUCCACAGAGCACUAAACCUCUCACGCAAACAACCGAACGGCCAGAAUGAAACGUGGUCGCUGCUCUUGGACGACAAGCGAAUUCGGUUGGCGUGCGAGUCGGCGCUGAUUCCGCCGCUCGAGGCCCUAUAUGCUCCGUCCGUUCAGAUGUCCCUUGACCUCGAUCGUCCCACCGCAUUCUUCAUAACGUUUGGCACUGCGUCGACGAACGACGACGAUGACAGCGACAGACACGUCGCGCAUCUUCACGUUGAUCUGCACGAUUGCCGUGACGUGAUCUUGCUCGUCUUCCAAGCGUUUUCCGCACGUGCGAUGCGGUCAACAGCUCUGGCGGACGCAAUUUCCACCGGACAGUCGUGCAUGUUGGCGUGCAGAACGCUGCCGUCGACAUCGUCAUGGCUAUCUUUGUCCCCGGUCGAUGGCUACGCGCUGCCGUGGCGCCAGUCCGUAUCGCUGGACUCGCCCAAGGCGCGGCAAGUCUCCACCCGGACGACAACACCCCCUCUGUUGACCAUUUCAACGUCGCUUGGUGAUGGAAAUGACGACGUGUCACUUGAUUUGAACUCGACGCUCCUCCAAGACGUUGACGAGCUCCUGGAACUCACCCAUCAACUUUGCCUGCACGACGACAUCUCGACGCCUGCUUCAACCCCGACCACGUCCAGCCGCAGCAGCACCGGCACGGGUCUUGCUGGAGACUCUCGCCAGAGCGUUGUGUCCGCCGCGACAUUCCAAGACGACGAUAAUUCAAACACGUCGAUGCACUCGGCGCUCGAAUCGAUCAAGGCGGAGCGCCGAGCGCUCCAGCGGCAGCUGGACCACCUCCGCCGCCAUCAUCCGCACCACGUUGUCCCCCCAUCCCCCACCGCGAUCAACCCUUUAAUUUAAUCACUAACCACGCCCCCAGAUUAUUCUCUA